GGUUCGAGUCCAGGCAGGGGGUAUUCUGCCACCUUCUUCCCAGAGGGAAACGGACUCAGCUCGGGAUGGGGUAUUAACCGCCAGGCAGCAUUGGGACGUUGCUAGCUUGUGGAGUGGGAUCACUCCAGCGGCCGGGAGGUCCGUGCAAUAACCCCCCCCCCCCCUAAAAGCUUCAGCUACUCUAGCUACUCUGCCAAACACCAAAUAUAUCUAAAAAGCUACAGCUACUAGCCAUCAGCCACCGGCUACUUUUACCAAACAUACCCCAAGUGAUACACCAAUGUUUAGUCUAAAAUUCGUCAUUUGUGUGCAAUUCAAGUCAUGUGUGUGUGUGAAUGAGGGUCACCAAAUCAGGGAGACAAACGGAGAAGCCACAUGGAGCCGUUUUGGACAGGGCGCCUGUUUGAUUUUUCUUUCGGACACGUUCGUGGGUGGCUGCCACACCCCUUGAAAAAAAGUAGUGUAUAUUUUUGGCAAAAUACCUAACCGCGCCCUUUGAAAUAUGGAUAAAACGCCUAAUCCGCACCCUUUGAAAAAAAUUUUGGGUCCGCCACUGAGGACAUCAUACUACUUGAAUAUGGUUUGGUCAUUUUAACUACUUGAAUGUAAUUUUCAAAGUCUUAACCCAUUGAGUCUCUGUGUUUUCCGAUGGUACGGUUCGGUUUUCAAUACCGAAUACCAUUUGCUCAUCCCUAGAUGACAUUAUGACAUUGGCAACCGGUAGGUGGUGUCAGUGUCAAGGACGAUUGAGGAGGCAGUUGUGGUGCCCAUGACGACCAUUAGGCUAUACGGUAUGGGGGUCGGCCCCGGCCCGUCGCGGGUCGGCGACGGUCCACACACCGUGCCGCCCCCUACCGUCUCCGUCUUCUCCGUCCGAAAAGGGACGUUGGCGACGACGCAAAGAUGUGGGCCCCCCUAUUAAAAUAUGACCGUUAAUAAUAAAAAAAAUUAAAUUUCUAUUUUUUGAAUAAAGCCAAACGGCUAGAUUUUUAAAAUAUAUAAAUUAAACCCCCAUUUUCACUAUCAAACACCAAAUUAACUUCCACAAUUCACCAUUUUCUCCUAUAAUUUUUACACUCUCUUCCACUACACUCUCAACCUUCUUCCACAUAAUUUUCAUGGAUCCGUUCAACAACCCCGAUACUCCCAACACGCCUUCGAACAACCCGAAUACUCCCACCAAUCCGACCCAACCAAAUGUUUUUUCGGUUCCGGGGUAUUAUCCAACGCUAGAACCGAACCAAUUCUCCCAAUUUUCAUCGAACGCUUUUGCGUCAUUCCAACAAUCGCCCAACCAAUUCACUCAAAUCUCCCAAAAUCAAGCUCUUCAACAAAUGAUGAUGCGGGGUGCUUGGAACUUUCCACCCGUUCAACCUCAACCGAUCCCCACACCCCCCGUUCAACCCCAACCGAUCCCCACACCCCCCGUUCAAUCCGAACCCGAAGAUGAUGUGGAGAUUGUGCCCGAAACCCAACCGCCAAAAGGGAAAGGAAAACGAAACAAAGGGAAACAAGUAGCGGGUGAUCAAGCGUCGAAACCGAAGGCGAUUAAAUGGACCCCAAUCGAAGAAGAAGCAUUAGCCAAGGCUUUCCUUGGCACUUCCGACAACCCGGUAAAAGGUAACAAUCAACCGGGUGACGGGUUUUGGUCCAAAGUAUUGACCAAGUUUCUCGCCAUGAUGGACCAAGGCCCGUAUAGAGAUAUCGACUCGGUUUCCUCGAAGUGGCGAAAAUUGAACUCGGCCAUUAAUCGGUUUUGCGAGGAGUAUAACAAAUUAUAUACAAGUGACCGUCGUAGCGGGUGGAACGACGAGGAUGUGUUCAAAAUGGCAUUGCAAAAGUAUAAGCAAAAUCAUGGUUCCAACUUUCCUCACGUUCGCGCGUGGAUGGUUGUAAAAGACGACCCAAAAUGGUCGCCCAUUCCUAACGAGGUGGCGAUGGCGAAACGCCAAAAAACAUCGGAAACGGGUAGUUUAAGCGCCGGUGGGUCGGACGCGAGGUGUCACAUUAACUUAAAUGAUGACGCCGACUAUGACGAAGACGAGUAUAACGUACGUGAACCCGACCGUCCACCGGGCCGAGACAAAACAAAAAAGGAGCGGGCCAAGGGAAAAGGAAAGGAAACGGUGGACCCGAACAUGGUUGAGUUUAUGGAACACCUAAAAGUGUACAACGACAUAUCGGCCCAAAAGUCGAAGACGAAGGAGCGGGCCGUCGAAGAAAAAAGCCGUGCAUCGGACGAGAAGUUAAAAGAAAAGGUCCGAUUGUCGAAUGAGAAAAUCCGAAUCUCCGAUGAAAAAAUUCGGCUUAAGGAAUGGGAAAUAAUGAUGAUUAAUGUCGAGAACGAACCCGAGCCGAGACGUUCGAUGUUGAAAAAACUACAAGACGACAUCAUGAAAAAGCAUCAAAUUAUUUAACUUUAUGUUUAUUUUUAUUAAGUCUUUU